AUGGAUAUGUUUAGAGAAGGUGGAUCUACCACCAGACCUCCCAUGCUUGAGGGGGCUAACUAUCCUUAUUGGAAAACAAAGAUGAAAGCAUAUCUUAAAUCUGUAGACGAACGGGUUUGGAUGGCUGUUUCUGAGGGUUGGACACCCCCAACGGAGAUUGUUGGAAAUGUUGAUAUUACUAAGGCUGCGAGCAAGUGGACGACUGAUGAAAUUGAAAAGGCAAACUUUAAUUCUAAAGCUCUCAAUGCCAUUUUCAAUGUUGUUUCCACUAAUCAUAUGAAAGUGGUUGCUAAUUGUGAGAUUGCUAAGGAAGCAUGGGAUAAGUUGAAGACAAAGAAUGAGGGUACUUCGGCUGUCAAGAAGUCAAGACUGAGAUCGUUGGCUAGAGAAUUCAAAAAUCUAACCAUGGAUGAAGAAGAUUUUAUUGCUGAUUUUCAUGCAAAGUUGUGUGAUAUUUCUAAUGAGUCUUAUGCUCUAGGAGAGACUUACUCAAACGAAAAGCUUGUAAGGAAGGUUCUUGGGUCUCUUCCGAGGAGAUUCAAAGCCAAACUCACAUCUAUUGAGGAAGUGCAUGGUGUUGAAGAUAUGGACCUGGAUGAACUGAUUGGUUCUCUACAGAAUUAUGAAUUAACCCUCAAAAGAUGGAAUAAGGGAAAGAAAGUGAAAGACAAGGAAACUGAGAAGAAUGGAGGUAGCUUGGCUUUUGUUUUAAAAGAAACUCGUGACCAAGAAGGAGAAAUGUUUGAUACUUUAAUAGAAGAGAAAGUUGCUCUCCUAACUAGGAAUUAUGCAAAGUUCUUAAGAAAGAAUAUGAGGAAGAAUACAUUUAACAAAAAAGAAAAUAUCUUCAAGAAGAACUUUCCUACUAAUAAGAAAACAAGUGAGAUUCAAGACAAAAAUAAUAGGGGGAUUCAGUGUAGAGAAUGUGAUGGGUUUGGACACAUUCAGGCUGAAUGUGCUAACACUCAGAAAAAGAAGAAGGCCCUUGUUACAACCUGUAGUGACAGUGAAGAAGAUAAAGAUGGGAGUUGCAGUGAGAUUUCUGAUCAUGAGAAAAAUGUUAUUGCUUUUGUGGCCAAAGAAGAGGCAGUUGAAAAUGAAGCUAGGGAUAAUGAGAGCAGUUGCUCUGAAUCUGACAGUCUUGAUCAGCAAAUUGCUUAUGAGCAAAUGUAUCCUCUUUUGAAGGGUUUAGCUCCUGCCUCAUGGAAGUACAAGUUGGUUUUGUCUCAGUUGGCUGGUUUUCGACAGAUUCUUCAGUCUCAAUCUCCGUCUGCUGUUCAGGGGGAUGGUUCAUUGCCUCAGUCUGAUCACUCUCCCUCACCAUCCCAGGGGGAGUUGUCUCCUCAUGUUUCUGAUAAGGUUCCAGAUACUGUCCAGGGGGAGUUUUGUACUGCUAAUGAUGGAUCCCUUGUCUUAGCUUCUGCUCCUUCAUCUUCUCCUCCGCAAAAGCUCAUGCGUGGCAGACUUCAUCGUUUGACUCAGGUGUCUGGGUAUUUUGAGUUGGUUGAAGAACUUCAUUCUUGGAAGGAUGUUCAUCCAUGGCUGGUAGUGAUGUUCUUCAGGCGAAGUAUUGGAAGAAAGUUAGAUCUGCAAAAGUUCAAGUGUAAAGAUUCAAAUAGAUCAAGCUAA